AUGUCAAGGAUUGUCUCCCUAGAUGGUAUCCAGAGUCUGAUGAUGGAGUCAGCAGGUGAUGGGACGGAACUCCUAAGGUACACAUCCUAUCUUAUCGUGUUAGGGCUCGUUGGAUUCGUCAUGUCAAGGAUUGUCUCCCUAGAUGGUAUCCAGGGUCUGAUGAUGGAGUCAGCAGGUGAUGGGACGGAACUCCUAAGUCACACAUCCUAUCGUAUCGUGUUAGGGCUCGUUAGAUUUGUCGUGCCAAGAGCUUUCUCAUAA